AAAAAAAAAAACUAAAAACCGACGCAGGUCCCGCAGCGGCGAGCAUGACACCGUCAGCCCCACGUAAUAUACCCACUGCAACACCUCCCGGCGCCUGUGCACCAGCGCCGCCGCCGCCAAACAGCGGCCGACGCAUCUUUUCGCCUAGCAUUACAUCCAUGAAAGAGAUGUUUGACGUUUCUUAUGCAGUGCAGCGAAUCGCAGAAGAAAAACCACGGCGGAAGAAAAACCUGUCGUCCACAGACAAUGCACGUGCCAAGUUCGUCAAAGCGCGCAACGCAGAUGAUGAGGAGGAUACCAACAACGAGGACAUGUUGCAUCAACGACUGCGACAACAAAAUAUGAACAAGGCAGAUUUACAACAACAAAAUGGAGGAGAACAGACGUUACAGGAAGAAGAAAUGGAAGAGGUCCGUGCACGGCUCGACAAAGCACUCGCUAUCGAGACAGCAGCUCACAAUUGGCACCACCGCCUUCACAAGAAAAAGCCAACAAAUUACUGGCAAAAGCAACACAGCAGAAAAGGUCCAAUAAACUGUUUGAGUUGAGCAUUGACAAUUCGACAAUAAUUGGACGACGGCGCAAGCCUACAAAAGCACCGGCA